AACAAGGACACGUUAGUUAGGUAAUGAGAGGUUUUGCAAGUUUCAAUGUCACUAAGGUAAUUUCAUUUACAUUUUAACGUCUUUGGUAGCUACAGCCAGUCAUGAAACUUUAGAUUUGGCGGCGGAGAUUGACACCGCUCACGCGCUUUUGUCUUUUGUCUGCAAGUGGUGCAACUUUAACUGGACAGGUCCUCGUGUGUUGAACUGUCAGAGGCUAUUGCACAAGGCACGGUGCGUCUUGUCACCUUCCCUGUCACCUAAAUGGCGAGUGUAACCCACCUCUCAAGAGUUCGCUCGCUCUACAAGCGCAUCCUCGUGUUGCACCGCUUCAUGCCGCUGGAACUGAAGGCGUUGGGUGACCAGUACGUGAAAGAUGAAUUCAGAAGAAACAAGGGCGCCUCCCCCGAGGAGGUGAAAGUCUUCAUGGUCGAGUGGGAAAAGUACCGUGACACUAUGCAGACCCAGGUUCUGGACGCGGUGGCUGCUUCGGGCUCGGGUCCUGAUUCUGGCCCGGGGAAGAGGAAGCAGUUUGGCUCAGAGCUCUCGGAGGAUCAGCUCAAAAGCUUCCAGGAUGAACAGGUGGGGCAGCUGUAUGAGUUGAUGCUGGAGGCGACUAAGCCCAGUCGCCAGUUUGACAUCCAGGACGACCGCACCUAGAAAUCCAGAACCAACCCAACCUUACCCUGCCACCCAUCCUGGUGCCAACAGAACCACCAGUUCAGCCUAGUCACCACUUUGACAUCCAGAACAGCCGGACCUUGCAACCUCCGGCAGAACCAGCCGCUUGAUCAGACUGACCCAUUCAGGUGUCUUCUGGUCCACCAGACCAUCAGCCAGUUCAGGCCAGCCAUCAGUUGGAGCCACCAGUUUGACAUCCACGAUGACCGCACCUCGAAACCCAAUCCCUCGCCCGAGCCCAUCCACCCAGCUACCCAUGCUGGGGUCAUCAGAACCUCCAGACCAUCAACCAGAAUAGUCCAAUUCAGUCCAACCACCAGUUUGAGCCACUGAUGUUGACAUCAAGGACCUUGUAACCCCCACCAGAACCCAUCCACCCAUGACAUCAGAGCCACCAGCCCAUUAACCAGACUAGUCCAGCCACCAGUUUAACAUCCAGCACGGCUGGACCUAGCAACGCCCCUCAGAACCCACCCACACAUCCAGUUCCACCCAUUCCUGGUGCCAUCAGAACCGACCAGACCAUCCACGAGACUAGUCGAGUCCAGCCCAGUUUAGAAUCGCUUUUAAGGAUCCAGCUCCUGAUUUAGUAUGUGUCUGUCUGGGUGUGAUGCUAUUCAUCUGGGAUGCCAUGACAGUCAAUGGGCCAGGCGGGGGGAUACAGAGGGGCCCAGACUAGAGAAUAAUCACCACCAUUACUCUCUAUUGAUAAAUCAUCUGGUACCGGUCGGCUAAUGGACUAUAACCAUAGCUUUAUUCCCUGUGGGUUUGGUGAGCUUGAAUCGGAACCAGUGAAACUGUCAAGACUCGGGAGGGGUGGGUAAUGGAUCAUGACCCGUUGUUAAAUCACGAUGACAGGGGGGGGUAAUUGGUCAGAAGAACCUAUCCUGGCAUCACGCGGGCAUGGGAGGGGGUAAUGGAUCAGAACCAAAAUGGCAUCAUCGGCGGAUGGGCUUUGGGCGAUGGGUUGGAACAUUGGGUAACGGACUGGGUGCCGGGGUCGGAUAAAGGGGUAGAACCAUCAUUAAGUGUGUGUGAGUGUGUGUGUGUGUGUGUGUGUGUGUGUGUGUGUGUGUGUGUGUGUGUGCGUGUGCGUGUGCGUGUGUGUGUGUGUGUGCUCGUGCAUGCACGUGCCUGCAUGAAUGUGAGUGUGUGUGAGUCUGCAUGUCUAAGGGUUGACGUGCGGAUUAAGAUGAAACUGUUAUGUCAGACAUAAAUGCGUAAAUGUGAGUUGCCAUGGGCUAUUCAAGAAGUGUAAUUACAUUAAAGUGCUUUGA